AGAAGGGUGGUCUCUCAAAUUAAAGUAUGAUAGAGAAUGUUAUCGAGAAAAGAAAAGAAGCGUUUACCCAGUGAUGAAAGCAAGCGUGAGGAUGACAAAUAUUAUAGGAAAAGUCACCGCAAUGAUCGUAAGAAUGAAAAACGCAUCUUCUCAAGUUCUGCCACGUCAAGCGAUCGGGAGAUACACACGAUUUCCGAUAACGUGAGAAGUUCUUCGCCACGAAACUCGUCUUCGGGAAGUCGUCACGAAAGUAGCAGCUCGUAUUUCUGUAAAUAUAAACACGAAUUGAAUAAGAUUUUCACAGCAAACCCGAAUCUUGUCCACGAUAUGGUGGAUUUUUGGAAGUUUGUUGAAAAAUACGAGUCUGUUAAUAAGCAACUAGGCAUUAGUGAUGAAUCUGAGAUCAAUUCCGCUCAAAAUUCCAUUGGACUGCCAGAAAAGUAUCACAAGUCUCAUUGUCUGAACUUCAAGCUUGGUUUAUCCUAUGGAGAAUUAUUUGCCAGAGUCCCAGAAACAAAACCGUUGACCGAAUUGCGACUGCUCAAGUUCAGGGAUGUGAUACUCUUGUACUUGGACUUUAAACAAAAGGAGAAAUUUGCCAAAUUAAAAAGACUCCGAGAUACCCAAGCUAACUUACCAGUUGCACGAUACAAAGAAAAAAUUAUCGAAAUGAUUAAGACAGAGAAGGUAAUCAUUGUGGCAGGAGACACUGGUUGUGGGAAAUCUACUCAGAUCCCUCGAUACUUGCAUGAAGCUGGUUUCCAAAAGAUUGCAUGCACGCAACCCCGAAGAUUAGCAUGCAUCUCUUUAGCAAAACGAGUUGCUUUUGAAACAUUGAGCGACAAUCUGAACACAGUUGGAUAUCAGAUACGUUUUGAGAAACAGAGAAACCAAGAAACAAACAUUACAUUUAUAACAGAAGGUUUAUUGUUACGUCAGCUGUCAAACGAGUCGACUUCACAUGCAUACGAUGUGAUAAUUUUGGAUGAAGUACAUGAACGUCACCUACAUGGAGAUUUUUUAAUCGGCAUUAUGAAAUGUAUCAUUUAUCAAAAAUCUGAUUUUAAAUUAGUAUUAAUGUCUGCAACUAUUAAUACAGAACUUUUUAGUAAUUAUUUUGCAAAGGAAAAUGUUAAAAUGAUAGAAGUUCCUGGAAGAUUAUAUCCCAUUCAAUUGUUAUAUCGUCCUAUAACUGUACAAGACAUCAAAUACAAAAAUGAUCGAUUUAAUCCCAGCCCAUAUGUACAAAUUCUGCAAAUAAUUGAUCAAAAAUAUCCAGUUGAUGAGAAGGGUGAUUUACUAAUAUUCUUGAGCGGAAUAAGUGAAAUUACUGCAGUCGUAGAUGCUGCCAAGGAAUAUAGUAUAAAGAAAAAUAACUGGAUAAUUUUACCACUUCACAGUACUCUCUCUAUCAUUGAACAAGACAAGGUAUUUGAUUAUGCACCUGAUGGAGUUAGAAAAUGUAUUGUUGCAACUAAUAUUGCAGAAACUUCUAUUACCAUUGAUGGAAUCAGGUUCGUCGCAGAUAGUGGAAAAGUAAAGGAAAUGAGUUAUGAUCCGUCAUGUAAAAUGCAAAGAUUGAAAGAAUUUUGGAUAAGCAAGGCUAGUGCGGAACAAAGGAAAGGAAGAGCUGGUAGAACUGGACCUGGAGUUUGUUACAGAAUUUAUUCAGAGGAAGAGUAUAAGAUGUUGGAAAAAUACUCAACACCAGAAUUACAACGUGUACCUUUAGAUUCUUCACUAUUGCAAAUGAUAGCAAUGGGGCUUCCUGAUGCACGGAAGUUUCCGUUUAUAGAACCACCGCCAACAAAUAACAUAGAAAAUGCUAUACUAUCCUUAAAAUAUCACGAUGCACUUACGGAUAACGAAAAAAUCACGUGUAUCGGUAAAAGCUUAGCACGAUUACCUGUUGAUAUUACAAUAGGGAAGAUGUUAAUAAUGGGAUCUAUUUUUCAUCAAGUGGAACCCGUGUUGUCACUGGCCGCUGCUCUAAGUAUACAAACACCAUUCACUAAUAGGGCUUACAGGGAUACCGAAUGUGAGACGUCUAGAAAGAAGUUGGAAUCCGAUCAUGGUGAUCCAAUAACGUUAUUGAAUGCAUUUAAAGAAUGGCUAGAGGUGAAACAAGAAAAUUCUCAAGAAUACAGAAGCAGUAGUAAUAGUAGCAGAAAAUGGUGCAAAAGAAGAGGUUUAGAAGAACAACGAUUCUAUGAAAUGACAAAAUUAAGAGCUCAAUUUAAAGACUUACUCCAAGAUUGCAAUUUACUUAAAAGUCUCCCGGAACCAAAUUCUUCCAUGACGAGCGCAGAACGUGCCAUAAGGCAUGGAGAAUUAAAACUUUUGAAAUCUCUCAAAAGAACUUACAAACAAAGUGAACCUAAAAGGCGUAAACAAUUAAAAGUAGAAACCUUUGAUAUACAAUUGGAGGAUAAUGAUGAAAAUAAUGGAGAACUUGACAUAAAAGAUAUAGAAUUUCGAAUGAGAAAUGACUCGAGUCAGGUGCAGAAUCUUUUAACGGCAUCUACCGCAUGUACCUAUAAAGAUCUGACAAUGUUAAAAUUGAUAUUAUGUAGUGGUUUAUAUCCACAAUUUGCUUGUGCUGACGAGUUUAAUUAUUGCAAGUCUACAAGUGAGCAAUUGUUUCACACUAAAGCGAAACCAUACGUUGCUUUGCAUCCAAUGAGCUUUUUCGGAAAUCAUCCACAAGUUUUGCAAAUUGAAGAAAUGGAUGUCAUAUCAGUGUUAGGAUUUAAGAGCAAAACUCCUGUUAGUUGUAAACAUCAGAUAUUAGCAUAUCUGUCCCUCUUGGAAACUACAAAACCAUAUCUAGUAAAUACUUUAAGAAUGCCUGCCGCACAAACGUUGCUAUUAUUUGCGCAUGAAAUAGAUACAAAUAGCACAUUCUCUAUAAUAGUAUGCGAUUCGUGGCUUAUGUUAGAAUUUCCUGCACCUGACAGUGGCCAAAUUUUGUUGAUGAAAGCCACCAAAUUAAGAAAUAAGUGGGACUUUUUAUUAAAUCAGCAGUUACAAGGAAUCAACGAUGUUAAUAAUGAAAGAAAAGAUUUUAGUGAAAUUGAACAAUGUCUUACGCAAGAACUGAUUGAAUAUAUGCAUACUAUGAUACCAUACACCAUAAAACGGCUGUUACCUGCCGAUCUCAAAAUGAUAUAUGUUGGUAAUGGAUAUAACGAUACGAAUAUAGAGCCUAAUCCUUUCCAAUCCGAUUUUAAAAGCACACAAAAUGUAAUUAAAGGUGGUGUUUUUAUAACACAUAAUAUCACAUAUAAUUGUAUAAAAGAAACCAGUUGGAGUGAACAGCUAAUUGCAGAAAUGCAAGAAACCGAAUGGCAUUGUCAGAAUUGUAAUCUUCAAGCAAUUCUGUCAAGUAUCGAAAAACUUCAACAUCAGAACUCUUGUAAAAUUGUAAAUACGAUUACCGUUGAUGCAAAAAGUGAAAAUACUACACGUAAAGCUAAUAGUCAUGCAUACAAAUGUCCUGAUUGUUUAUUAAUGCUAUACCUCACACCUAUCGAAAUAUUAAAGCAUAAAAAAACGCAUAUCACAAGUUAA